AUGCACAUCGCAAUUGGAGGUCGGGGGCGGCUCAGCCACAUCACUGCCGGACCCCCACCACCGUCAGACCCAAAUUAUAUCCAAUGGGAACAAAGAGAUGCCAUGGUCAUAGCAUGGAUAAUUGAAAACAUAGAUGGAGAUAUCGUAAAUCAAUUCCUGGACUACACAACAGCACACAGCCUAUGGCAAGGGAUUGAAACUCUUUUAGGAUGUGGUCGGGACGAACUGCAAAUUUUUGAUUUGAGUUCAAAGGCAGCGACAUUAAGGCAGGACAAUGAUACUAUCGAAGGAUACUACGGUAAACUCAACAUACUAUGGAAAGAAAUUGAUCGGAGAAUGCCAAAUCCAAUGACAUGCCCACAGGAUAUAACAGAAUUCAACAAAUACAUCCAAAGACAGAGACUUUAUCAAUUCCUCACGGGGAUUAAUGACAGCCUAGACAAAGAAAGAAGGGAAAUUCUUAAUAGUGAACCGUUACCAAUGGUGGAGACAGCCUAUGCAUCAAUUAGAAGGGAGAUCACACGCCGGAAAAUUAUGAACGGCGUCUCAUCACCGGGGACUCGUCCCUUAGAGAUUGGAUCGGGAUUAGCCACGAGAAACAAACCUUUCCAAAGAAGCCGAGAAGAGGAUGACCGGAGGAAACUCCGAUGCAUUCACUGUGGUGGUUCCAGGCAUACAAAGGAGGGUUGCUUCAAACUUGUGGGGUACCCUGAGUGGUGGGACGAUCUACAGAAAAGGAGAGCCGCCACCAAGGCACCGGCAAGCCGGACCGGCGGCAAGGCUAACCUUGGUACUGCCGAUCAACCGACAUCAUGUCUGAAAUCAGGUGAACCAGAAGGAUGGAGCAAAGGGGAAGGAGAAGUGACCGUAACUACAGAACAGGAGGCCAACCAUGGUGAGAAACGGGAAUGGGAAGAGAAAGGAACAAUAGCCGUCAAGCAAGGGAAAGGGAAAGGGACGCCUAACCCUAAAUGUCCCACCACCCCCUUUUAUAACCAUCAAACCCUAAAUACUCCUCCCUCACAAUCUUCCGGCCCAAUUUCCAUCCCCAGGCCCAAUAACUCUUCUGGCCCACAAAACACCAAUUCCAAAGGGCUCCUUAGUCAUAACACAAAUUCUCAAUGGAUAUUUGACUGUGGGGCAACCGAUACGAUGACCUUCGACCACAGUGAUUUUUUAUCCACCCAUCCUACUAACCGAACCCAUAUCCGGAUGGCUAAUGGAGAUUGUGUACCGGUUGCCCACGCUGGAGCAGUCAAUAUCUCUCCCUCUCUUCAUCUUAAAAAUUGUUUACUCAUUCCCACUUUAUCUCAUAAAUUAUUGUCAGUUAGCCAGUUAACCAAGGACUUAAAUUGUACUGUGCUUUUAACUUCUGACAAUUAUUGUGAAACUUGUGUACUCGCUAAGAGCCAUAAACACUCUUAUUCUUCUAGUAAUACUCGUGCUCCCAAACCCUUUGAUGUAGUGCAUUCUGAUGUAUGGGGUCCAGCCCCACAUACUACCCCUCAUGGUUUUUCAUAUUUUGUGUUAUUUAUUGAUGAUUGCUCUCGGAUGUGCUGGGUUUAUUUUUUGAAACACAAAUAUGAGGUUUUUGAUGUCUUUGUCACAUAUUAUAACAUGAUCCUCACUCAGUUCCAUGUUAAACUUAAAAUCCUUCGCUCAGAUAAUGGUGGUGAAUAUAUCUCUCUUGCAAUGAAACAAUUUUUCUUGAUAAUGGUCUUAUUCAUCAAACAUCCUGCCCUGACACUCCACAACAAAAUGGGGUUGCUGAACGAAAAAACUGUACUCUUCUUGAGGUAG